CCAAAGAGGAGGGGGCCUUUAAUAGGCUCGCCCAGCGCCUGAUUAGCAGCGCCGCGAGUGGCAGCCGUUCGAAGAAGCGGCCCGGCACCUCCCUCUAGCUCUCGGCUGCAAAUCUCCGUCCUUGCACUUGACAGCGAUUGUACUUAAGCUCCCAGGGCGCGCUUUGCUUGGAAAGGCACAGGUAGGAGGCGCGGGCUGCUCGGUGCACGCUCACUGCUCUGGGAGGAGUCUCCCUCCCUUUGCUCUGCUUUCGGGGAGCUACGGACUGCCCCGGAGCGUUGGUGGUUCCCGUGUGCCGGCUGGAAGGAGACGCGCCGGCGGCCGGGAAGCCGGGCCGAGCCCUUCCGAGAGCGCGGCCGUGCGCUGCCCGGCGCCAUGCUUCUGCUGGGUAUCUUAACCCUGGCUCUCGCCGGGGGACCGGCUGGGGGGUCAGAGCCAGAUCAGGAGGUGGUGGUCCCCAUCCGACUGGACCCGGACAUCAACGGCCGCCACUACUACUGGAGGGGUCCCGAAGACUCCGGGGAUCAGGGACUCAUUUUUCAGAUCACAGCAUUUCAGGAGGACUUUUACCUACACCUGACUCUGGAUGCUCAGUUCCUAGCGCCCGCCUUCGCCACUGAACAUCUGGGCGUCCGCCUCCCGGAACUCACCGGGAGCUCUCCAGACUUGCGACGUUGCUUCUACUCUGGGGACGUGAACGCCGAGCCAGAUUCUUUCGCCGCUAUGAGCCUGUGCGGAGGUCUACGCGGAGCUUUUGGUUACAGAGGCGCGGAGUAUGUCAUUAGUCCGCUCCCCAACGCCAGCGCGCAGGCGGCACAGCGCAACAGCCAGGGCGCACACCUCCUCCAGCGCCGCGGCGCCCCCGGCGGGCCUCCCGGAGAUCCCACCUCUCGCUGCGGGGUGGCCUCAGGCUGGAACCCCGCCAUUCUGCGGGCGCUGGACCCUUACAAGCCGCGGGGGACCGGCUUGGGAGAGAGUCGCAGUCGGCGGAGGUCCGGGCGCUCCAAGCGCUUCGUGUCUAUCCCGCGGUACGUGGAGACACUGGUGGUGGCGGACGAGUCAAUGGUCAAGUUCCACGGCGCGGACCUGGAGCAUUAUCUGCUGACGCUGCUGGCCACGGCGGCACGACUCUACCGCCAUCCUAGCAUCCUCAACCUCAUCAACAUCGUCGUGGUCAAGGUGCUGCUUCUCGGAGACCGCGACACAGGGCCCAAGGUCACGGGCAACGCGGCCUUGACGCUGCGCAACUUCUGCGCCUGGCAGAAGAAGCUCAAUAAAGUGAGUGACAAACACCCAGAGUACUGGGACACGGCCAUCCUCUUCACCAGGCAGGACCUGUGUGGGGCUACCACCUGUGACACGCUGGGCAUGGCUGAUGUGGGCACUAUGUGCGACCCCAAGAGAAGUUGUUCUGUGAUCGAGGAUGAUGGGCUUCCAUCAGCCUUCACCACUGCCCAUGAGCUGGGCCACGUGUUCAACAUGCCCCAUGACAAUGUGAAAGUGUGUGAGGAGGUGUUUGGGAAACUCCGAGCCAACCACAUGAUGUCUCCAACACUCAUCCAGAUUGACCGUGCCAACCCCUGGUCAGCCUGCAGCGCUGCCAUCAUCACCGACUUCCUGGAUAGUGGGCAUGGCGACUGUCUCCUGGACCCGCCCAGCAAGCCCAUCUCCCUGCCUGAGGACCUGCCAGGGGCCAGCUACACCCUGAGCCAGCAGUGUGAGCUGGCCUUUGGCGUGGGCUCGAAGCCCUGUCCCUACAUGCAGUACUGCACCAAGCUGUGGUGCACUGGCAAGGCAAAGGGGCAGAUGGUGUGCCAGACCCGCCACUUCCCCUGGGCAGACGGCACCAGCUGCGGCGAAGGCAAGUUCUGCCUCAAGGGGACCUGUGUGCAGAGACAUAACCUCAAUGAGUACAGGGUGGACGGCUCCUGGGCCAAAUGGGAGCCCUACGGCGCCUGCUCGCGCACCUGCGGUGGGGGCGUGCAGCUGUCCCGGAGGCAGUGCCGCAAUCCCACCCCUGCCAACGGGGGCAAGUACUGCGAGGGAGUGAGAGUGAAAUACCGAUCCUGCAACCUGGAGCCCUGCCCCAGCUCAGCUUCAGGCAAGAGCUUCCGGGAGGAGCAGUGUGAGGCUUUCAAUGGCUAUAACCAUAGCACCAACCGGCUCACCCUUGCCGUGGCGUGGGUGCCCAAGUACUCCGGCGUUUCUCCCCGGGACAAGUGCAAGCUCAUCUGCCGAGCCAAUGGCACCGGCUACUUCUACGUGUUGGCACCCAAGGUGGUGGAUGGCACACCCUGCACUCCUGACUCCACCUCGGUCUGUGUCCAAGGCAAGUGCAUCAAGGCUGGCUGUGAUGGGAACCUGGGCUCCAAGAAGAAAUUCGACAAGUGUGGCGUGUGUGGGGGCGACAAUAAGAGCUGUAAGAAGGUGACAGGCCUCUUCACCAAGCCCAUGCACGGCUACAAUUUUGUGGUGGCCAUCCCCGUGGGCGCCUCGAGCAUUGACAUCCGCCAGCGUGGCUACAAGGGGCUGAUUGGAGAUGACAACUACCUGGCCCUGAAGAACAGCCAAGGCAAGUACCUGCUCAACGGGCACUUCGUGGUGUCGGCCGUGGAGCGGGACCUGGUGGUGAAGGGCAGCCUCCUGCGCUACAGCGGCACGGGGACGGCGGUGGAGAGCCUGCAGGCUUCCCGGCCCAUCCUGGAGCCGCUGACCGUGGAGGUCCUCUCCGUGGGCAAGAUGACGCCACCCCGGGUCCGCUACUCCUUCUAUCUGCCCAAAGAACCUUGGGAAGACAAGGCCUCCCACGCCAAGGACCCCCGGGGCUCCUCUGUGCACCACAACAGCGUCCUCAGCCUCUCCAAUCAAGUGGAGCAGCAGGACGACAGGCCCCCUGCGCGCUGGGUGGCAGGCAGCUGGGGACCUUGCUCUGUGAGCUGUGGCAGUGGCCUGCAGAAGCGGGCGGUCGACUGUCGCGGGCCCCCCGGGCCACGCGCGGCAUCCGCCUGCAGUGCAGCCCAUCGGCCGGCGGAGACAAGAGCCUGUGGGGAGCCCUGCCCGACCUGGGAGCUCGGCGCCUGGUCGCCUUGCUCCAAGAGCUGCGGCCGGGGGUUUAAGAGGCGUCCACUCAAGUGUUUGGGCCCCGGAGGGCGGCUGCUGGCCCGGGACCAAUGCAACCUGCGCCGGAAGCCCCAGGAGCUGGACUUCUGCAUCUUGAGGCCGUGCUGAAGAGGACCGUCUUUUUCUCCUCCUCACUCUCCACCCCAUUGGUGCUGCCAGGGUUCUGGCCAGCUGGAGCCGUGGGUAGAGGGCAGUGGCCGGGGAUCCAGGCCAUGACGUCACCCACUUCGAGGGACGAGGACCACAGGAAGGGGUGAGAGGUGCCCUCCUCCGCCCUGGCUUGGGCGGGGGAAGCCAAGUGACUAACGCACAGUCUACCUCACUCCCGGCUCCUCCAGGGCCCAGUCUCUGGGAGAGGCUGAGAGGUGCGGGCACUGGGCAGAGGCGCUGGGGCCCAGUUUCCGAGGCACCUGGAGGAUGGGCACCUCCCAGGCAGAACUUCAGGGACCUUGGCCCCCGUAAGGGAGGCCACAGGCUGCUGGAAGAGCCAUGGCCCAGCAGCUUGGCACCCUCAGGUGGCCCCGGGGGCUCUAAGCCGUUGCUGAACAAGGCAGGUUUUUAUGGUGCUGUCAGCCCACUUUUUCUUUCUGACUGACAAGGACUGAAUAAUAAAAAAAAGGCUGGUGCGGGCAGAAACCUGGUAGGAGAGUGGGAUUUGGUAUAACUGGAGCCUGGGCUACCCCAUUUGGAAAGAGGUUUAUGUGUAGGGGGAGUCGGGAGCUUUCUCAUCUUCCUUCUACUCCUGGCCCUCCCUCAAGAGCCCCCUCUUCUUCCUGUGUUGUCCAGGACAUCAGGCUGGGGAGAGGGCUUCCCAAGUACGUGCCCUCUGAGGCUUUGCAAAUAGGUACAGGAAGUCAAUAGGGAGUUUAUUGCCUUCUUCAGGAGGGAUUGGACCGUUAAAAAAAGAUAUAAGGGAUGAUGGAUUCUGUGGUGAAGCAGGGAGUUUGAGGAGUGGCCUAGAGGGUUCAGUGUCACCGGGGCUGGGCUUGAGCUUUGGGGGAAUAUCACCCUGGGUUGGGGAGGAGGCCCCAGUUCCAAUGGCUUCUUCCUCCAGAGAGGCAGGUAUAAAUAGGACUGCUGCCUUAGGCUCUGCGUUGCCCCAGAGAACCUUCAGAGUGGCCACGGUCCUGUCCCCACUAAGAGGGAUGUGGGAGAUGCCCAGGAGGGCUAGGUGCUGAACAUCCACACGCCUGUAGGUGGGUCUUCAUCUGGACAGCUGCAUGUGGUCUGGCUUUGGGCACAUCACAUGGCGUUGCAGUUGGAUAACCGGGUUCACUGUUUGCUACCUCAGGCUAUGCUCUCUGGGUAUCCACACCUGUCCCUCCCCUGGGGCAGUGGUGACCCUGGUGCUUCCAGCAGACCUGGCUGUUGUCCUCUGCAGACUGAGCUGUCCAGACACAAAGAUGAGUGUGUGGCACAUGGCUUCCUGCUCCCUAUAGCCUGGCCACCCACUGGGGCUCCAAGUAUGAAGGCAGGACCUCUCUCUUCAGGUGCCUUGGGGACAGGUUUCAGGAGACACAAGAAUCAAUGACCUGACCCAGAGGCACUUGGCAGCCACCAGUCGGAACAUGUGUCUAUCCUAGAGACGUGUUGGGGAUGUAGAAACCAGGGUGUUUCCUAUAGCUCCAAGUGGGCAGAUGGUUUGGGGUUAGAGAGCCUUUGGUCAAGCAGGGUAUUUCUUGGGGGUUUGAACAUGGGAGAUUCUGCUUCUGAGUUAGGUAACAUGUCCUGGAUUUUAGUGAGGUGACAUCAGAGCAGUGUCAUCCCUGAGAAAGGGGUUUCGGUCCUUUUAUUUGGCUUCCCCUAAUAGCCAGAAUCCACAAACCAGCCACCCAGGCAAGCCUCUGGGAUGGUGCUCGAAAAUCCCAGCCUAACCCUGGGCUGAGCCCUUGACCAGAGCUCCCACAGCAGGGCAGAGGGCGUGCGGAUCUCUGAGGCAGGGCAGGAGAAUGAAGUGAGGAGGAAUCUUCCUCCUUGUAUGGGUGAACACCGUGGGGCUGCAAUAUCCAAAGGGACCCAGGGCGCCAGGGCAGAUGUGGACCCCCACUAGCCUAGCCGACGAUAGCACUGCACCCCGUGCUUGGUGCACCCAUCCUCGAUGAGGAGAGGGUGGUGCGGGGGCUGUGCAGAACGGGCAGGGGAAUGGGGAGGGUGGGAAGCAAGCUGCCAUCAGUGGGGGUGACUGGUCCCCUAGCAGAGCAGCUUUAUAAAUCAUUUCCAGACGGGACAGCCUAUCUUGUUCCUGACACAAGCUGGGCCUCAAAUGCUCUUUUCUGUCAUGAUGUUUUUGUUUUUCCUUUUUUUCCUUUUUAAAAGAAGUAUGACCAAGACAACUUGGGAGGUUUGUCUUGUCUUUGACCAUUUUGCUAAUCCAACCAUGUUCUCCAAGCCUGAGCAGAGACGAGCCUCGAGGUACAGGUUUCUGGUGAUGGAAUAAAAAGUUCUCAUGUCCGUAGAAGACGAGGAAGAUUCUGGGGGCUCCAGAAGCUUCUUCCAUGGGGUGUGGACCAGUAAGGAUCUGGGCUCAGGAGCCCCCUGUCUCCUCUGCCCUUUGUGUGCACUGAUUGGAGGAGUCCAACCUCGUGAGCCUCACCGUGCCGGAGUAGGGGGCUGGGGCGAGCUGAGGGGCUUGGUUGUUCCCAGCCUGGGAGUUGGCUCCCUAAGACACUAGACACUGUCACUUACAGAGCCCCCUUUUGUGUUUGGUUCUUUUGCAUUCCACGUGCUGCAGAAGGACGGAAGGACUGGGUACUGGCUGGGCUGUGUAUACCGUGUAUACAUGGGAGCUGGCUGCUGCAGGGACAACAGCCUGCUCCUAAUAAAGUUGUAAGUAUUUAA